AGCAGUCAACGCUCUGCUCUCAGCCCCUCAGCAGCUCUAGUUGUUAUCACUGUGUGCUUCCCCGAUCAGCAGUCGGGUUUUCCACGUCUUUUGUUUAACAAAGUCUGUUUUUAAUAAGCAAACCCUGAUGGAUCACGAUCACGACCACGGCUCUUCGGAUGACUCCACCAGCACGGAGAAAUCCUGUCCCAUGAUCAUGGUGUUCCAUGCUGGGCACUGCGAGCGCAUUUUGUGGCGCGGCUGGGUGGCGUCCACGGUGACGGAGUUCGUCCUUUCCGCCCUGGCCAUCUUUCUGGUGUCCUUCCUGUACGAGGCCCUCAAGUUCCUGCGCCAGCAGCUGGCUCGAAGGGAGGCCCGAAGGCAGAGCGAGCGACUGGCGGCGGAGCAGCGUCGGAAGAACGAGGUGCCGGCGGCCGGAGGAUGCUGUUCGGAGACUCCUUUGGCGGAGCCCAGGGAGCAGACCUACUGGCAGCGCCUGUUCGCCUCAUCGCACAUCUUCCAGUCGCUGCUGAACCUCCUGCAGAUAGUCAUCUCCUACCUGCUCAUGCUGAUCUUCAUGACAUUCAACUACUGGCUCUGCCUGGCCGUGAUCCUGGGCCUGGGCCUGGGCUACUUCGUCUUUGGCUGGAACAAAAAGAAUCCCGACGAUAGCGAGUGCUGUCCUUAGGUCUAGGAUAGUCCCAUACUUCGUUGUUAUACCUACCAGUUGUUAGACACCAAAGCCCUUGUCAGAUUUGGCCCACACAUCGAACAGUCCCGUCCCCAAGUAAUCACACACAUUGUCUAAAAAUACAUUUUUAUUCGAUAGUUACACUUGGUUUAAUCAUAAUUGAUGUAAUCGUAGCAUAAAUUAGUCAACUAGUUUACUUAAUAUGAGCAUAUUGUACAAAUAGUAGUGAUGAGAACGAGAACCUAUACAACACGUAUGUUUCCAAAUCGAUUGGCAUACCACUCAAUACAUUCCAUUUUACAAUAAAGGUUUAUUAUUUAA